CCUCGGCUCACCCAUUACACCGCGUUCAUUCCUGGCCGUGCCAGCACACUGCAUAGGAUGUCAGGCACUUUUUUGGAAUGGUAUAUUAAGCUCCUAGAAGAAAUCUCAGUACACAUCUGUGCCUGUGCAGGAGCUUGGGGCCAACUCCAAAGACCGGGAAGCUGGAGUUGCUUAGGCCCUACAGAGGAGAUACAACUGUAACAGGAAAUACAUUUUGAAGGAGAAAUUCCACUUUUUGUGACAGGAUUCAUCUGUCUUUGCAGAAAGCUUUGUCAUCCGUGGUGGCUUUAGGAGCUAAUAUAAUCUGCAACAAAAUCCCAGGCCUGGCCCCUCGGCAGCGCGCGAUCUGCCAGAGCCGCCCUGAUGCCAUCAUUGUGAUCGGGGAAGGGGCACAAAUGGGAAUCAAUGAGUGCCAGUACCAGUUUCGGUACGGGAGGUGGAACUGCUCUGCGCUGGGAGAGAAAACAGUCUUUGGACAAGAGCUUCGAGUAGGAAGCAGGGAAGCUGCGUUCACCUAUGCCAUUACUGCUGCCGGGGUUGCACACGCUGUCACGGCCGCCUGCAGCCAGGGCAACCUCAGCAAUUGUGGCUGUGACCGAGAGAAACAGGGCUACUACAACCAGGAGGAGGGCUGGAAGUGGGGAGGCUGCUCCGCGGAUAUCAGAUACGGCAUUGAGUUCUCCCGGAGGUUUGUUGAUGCCCGAGAAAUCAAAAAGAAUGCACGGAGGCUGAUGAACUUGCACAACAAUGAGGCUGGAAGAAAGGUUCUCGAAGAGAGAAUGAAAUUGGAGUGCAAGUGUCAUGGAGUUUCAGGUUCCUGUACAACUAAGACCUGCUGGACCACGCUUCCUAAAUUCAGAGAGAUUGGAUAUAUUUUGAAAGAGAAAUACAAUGCUGCAGUGCAAGUGGAGGUGGUAAGAGCCAGUAGACUGAGACAGCCAACCUUCCUGAAGAUCAAGCAGAUCAAGAGUUACCAGAAACCCAUGGAAACGGAUUUAGUGUAUAUUGAAAAGUCACCCAACUACUGUGAGGAAGAUGCUUCCACAGGGAGCGUCGGUACCCAGGGACGACUCUGCAACCGUACCUCUCCCAACGCGGACGGGUGCGACAUGAUGUGCUGCGGAAGAGGGUACAACACACACCAGUACACCAAGGUGUGGCAAUGCAAUUGCAAAUUCCACUGGUGCUGCUUUGUGAAGUGCAACACGUGCAGUGAGCGGACAGAGGUGUUCACCUGCAAAUAACGGCAUCGUGCGCAAACACACAGAGCAAACCACCACAGGUGAGGAAAGUGGAGUACAACAAACAACGACAGCAUCAUUUUGCACAUCUAAUCCUCUUGGGGAAAAGAACCCCAGCCAACACCACAACAACCACUCCCUCCCCACAACUACCUAUACUUCUAAGGAUGGUGCAUUUUGGCUGGCUGGCUGUUGUAACUGCUUUGGAAACAAGGGCAACAGG